AUGGUGAUUGAGUCUCCCUUUGAUGAUCUGUACACCAUUACAACGCCUGGACAACAGCAAGAUGGCUCUUCUUCCUCUUCUUCUCAGCAACAACUCACACUGUAUGACCAAAGACUAUGUGAUCCCCAGUUCUUCUCCCAAUCAACCAAUGAAUCAAACAUGCAGUUCUCCGGUGUAGUCACCAUCCCUGGAAUGUACAAUGUCAGUAGCAACCUCGGACAGAACCACCUUCAGAUUGCUGCAGGGGUUAGUCCAGACUACCAAAGGAUUAGAUCAAACAAUGCUCUUCACCAUAUAAGCCAGAUCCUGAUGGAGGACGUUGAUGAGAGGGUCGGCUCGCAUGAAGGGGAGGCCGACCUUCAGGCUGCUGAGAAGGCCUUCUACGAUAUUCUUGAGCAGGUAUACCCGCCUUCACUCUACUGGUCAUCGCUACAUCACAGCGGCGAAGCAGGAGAAGGACCAGGUGAGGGUAGCAACACUUAUCACAAAAGGCCUCGCAGAAGCAGUUUCACUACUGACAUUUCCAGUCACAGCAUGUUGCAGUCCUUGCCAGCCCCAUUGAGUCCAUAUAGCUAUGGCAGGAGUCUUUUCCUGCCAUAUCAGCCUUUGGCAAGCACUGGGAGGGCCUCAAGAUUUGGUUUCUCUGCCUUGCAAAUUGGAAGAGAAGCCGAGGAUGGAAAAGGGUUUGAUAAGAUGAUCACCGACUACAGGAACAAUCCAUAUAUCCAAGACUCGGAUACCAGGGAAGGGAAAAGGAAAAACUAUACCAUCACUUGCGAAAUAAGCCGAAACGAAAAGUUCGACAGGGUCCUGCUAUGCUAUGGUCUGGACUGUUUCAUUGAAACGGCAAGGCUGAGAGACAUGGCUGCAAAGGAAGCAAGUAAGAAUUCACCAAAGGGUCAAAGCAAAACACCCGCUCGACAGAAGUUGCGGGGCACUAUGCAGCUCAAGAAAGAGGUGGUCGACCUCAGGACCCUCCUCAUCCACUGUGCACAAGCUGUGGCAGCUGACGACCGUCUCUUGGCUGGCACGCCUGGCUGGGACGGGGAGUCAGUUCAGUUGUUCCCCAAGGUGCUGGCAAAGCGAAUAAGCGACGAAGAUUUGUUGAAGGUCUACAACUUCUAUCUUGCAGUUUGCCCUUUCCUCAGGGCAUCAUACACCUUCGCUAACCAAAGUAUCUUGGAAGCUUCAGUGGGCCAAUCCAAGGUGCACAUCGUCGACAUUGGUGUCUGCUUUGGGUUUCAAUGGCCGUCGCUGAUUCAGCUUUUUGAAAGGAAGCUGUUAGAGGGUGGAAAGCUUGGGCGGGAGAUCUUAAACGUCGUAGCAUGUGAGGGUGCUGACAGGAUUGAGAGGCCAGAAACUUACCAGCAGUGGCAAGCAAGGUGCCACAAGGCUGGGUUUGAGCAGCUUCCUCUCGAUCCUGCCAUCAUGAAGUUAGUAUUAUGGAUGAAGAAAGAAUUUUACCAUGAGGACUUUGUUGCUGAUGAAGACAACGGCUGGCUGCUACAAGGGUGGAAAGGGAGAGUACUGUAUGCACUGUCCAAAUGGAAGGUUAAUGAAUCAUGUGCUGAUCAGUAA